AUGACUGCGCGCGUUGACAAUCAUGCGCUGGGCCGAUCGGGUCGCCGCAAAGCAUGCGACUUGUGUUUUACCAAAAAGAUCAAAUGCGACAUGCUGCAGCCUACCUGCUCGAAUUGCAUCUUGUACAAGGCCGAGUGCACCACCGGCAAGGGGAGGCGCAAGCCCAACCCGCCCGCAAGGGUGCGCGCCGCCGCCAUCCAACACCAUCAGCAGCCGCAGUAUACAACAGCAAACACGGAGAAGACAGAAGACCGCCUGGCCAGGAUCGAGAAACAGCUGGAGCAGCUCAUUGCCAUGCAGGCUUCGAGGCCGGCAGACACAACCGGUUCGUGGUCGUCGUCCCAGUGCGAGCAGGGCGGCGACAGUGCCAUGACGCUGUCCAAUACAGACUUUGACGUCGCAUUCCCGUCCCGCGACCCCGUGGUAUUCGAUUCGGCGUCGACCAAGUUCCCCUUGGCCAUGGACCUCGCGCCCAGGGACGAGCUGCCGCUCCCGCCCCAGGCCGACAUCAUGCCCAUUGUCGACCACUACUUUGACACGUACGCGUACAUCAUGCCCCUGUUCGACCAGAAAUCCUUCAUGUCCAUGCUCUACCAGUGGUACACGGACCCGUCGACGCGCAACAAGGCCUCCUGGGCUGCCAUCCAAGUCGUGCUGGCCAUUGCCCUGCGCACGCCGAUUCCCGAGCUGCUCAACGGCUGCGGGGGGUCGGAUCGGCACCACCGCGCAAACUUCUUCCUCAAGAACGCCCAGUCGGUCGUGUCGGACCUGGUGACGAGGGACAAGGACCUGCUGGGCCUGCAGGUCCUGCUCGGCAUCGUCAUGCUGUUCCAGAACAGCAGCGACACCAGCCCGGCGAGCGUCAUCAUCGGCACAGCCAUACGCCUGGCUCAUAGAAUGCGCCUGCACUCCAGAGACCAUGCCGAGCUCUUCUCCCCCGACGAGAACCUGCAGCGGCAGCGCCUGUUCUGGAUCGCCUACGUGCUGGACAAGGACAUCUCUCUUCGCAUCCAAGUCCCAUCCGUCCAGCUGGAUAGCGACAUUGACAUCGAUGUGCCGCCCGUCAAACCCGCCGACGACGUGGGCGUCCUCUGGACAAGCGACGGCCAGACGUGCUUCAACCACCACCGGUCCAUGAUCCACCUCGCCCAGAUCCAGGGACGCGUAUACGACUGGCUUCACUCAAACAGCUCUGCCAAGAUGUCCCGCCAGUCGCGGCAGCAACGCGUGCAGCAGCUGGAUCGCAUGAUUACCCACUGGUACAGCACCAUACCCGCGGCCUUUAACCUCGAGAAUUUGGACGCGUCCAUCGGCGAGUGUGCACUGAUACACAUGGCCAAGAUGUAUCAUGUGUACCUGCUCAUCCUCGUUAUGACGUACGGCAUUUACAACCAGGACUCGAAUUGGGUCCAGGCAAUUCGAUCCGGGGACCGCAACGCGAUUCGAAACCUGGUAUUGGGUACUGAGCGCUACGAUUCCGGCGCCGCGUCACAAAAGCAAGUCAGGUUGCUGCCGGGGAGCUGGCACAAGGUCGUCCAAGUGAGCCGGGGCUGUUUGCGCCUCUUCGACAUGUGUAUACCGACAGAGUGUCUCAUCUGGCAAUGCUCCUGUCCUCACUUCUCGGGAAUGAUGGUCCUCCUGGCGAACCUCCUCAUUGAGCCCACACACGCGGAUGCCGUGUCGGACGAAAUCUUGUCCGCGCGCGCAAUCCAGCUCUUUGACAAAGUCCUCGAACUCAUCCCUGAUCCAGAACACUACACCGAUAUCCGCGUCAUCAUUGAAGAAUUGUAUAAUAGAGCUGUGCUCGUCAUCAACGAGGCCAAAUCGCAGGGCGGCGACGACCAAGUCGACGUUUUGGAGGCAAAUUUGCUGAGUUACGAGACGCUGGAUGGGGAUCCAUGGAGCUGGGCGGCUGCUCUACCGGGCAGGACCGACUUUUCUGCCGAUACGAGAGAUGGAGACGGGGACAGUCUUGGGGUCCUGCCGUUGUGCAGAUGA